AUCCCUGCCUCCCUGCCUCCCCGCCUGCAUCGCCCGCUGCUCGGGGACGCUGCUGGCGGCGCUGCGGGGGCUGCGGCGGCCGCGUCCGGCCCCACACCCGCGGGACAAGGGCUGGAAGCGCCCCCAGGUGCAUCCCCAUCCCGAUCCGAGCCCGGGGCAGGCUGCAGCCAUGACCCAGGGGAAGCUCUCUGUGAACAGCAAACCCCCCAGCUCUGAGGGGCAGGGGGACAAGAAGGACAAUGGCUCAGCCCCCCCGGCGCCCCCGUCCUACGAGGAGGCCACGGCGGGAGAAGGGAUCAAAGCCGGGGCUUUCCCUGCCCCGCCCGCGGCCCCGCUCCACCCCAGCUGGGCAUACGUGGAUCCCAGCAGCAGCCCCAGCUACGGCAGCGGAGGGUACCCGGGGGACACGGAGCUGCUCACCACCUUCAGCUGGGACGACCGCAACGUGCGCAGGGUGUUCAUCAGGAAGGUGUACGCCAUCCUGAUGGUCCAGCUCCUGGUCACCGUUGUCAUCGUGGCUUUCUUCACCUUCUGUGAACCAGUCAAGGGCUACAUCCAGACCCACUCUGCCUGGUACUGGGCUUCCUACGCCGUUUUCUUCGUCACCUACCUGAUCCUCGCCUGCUGCUCCGGGCCCAGGAGAUACUUCCCAUGGAACCUGAUCCUGCUCAGCAUCUUUACCCUGUCCAUGGCCUAUCUCACUGCCAUGCUCUCCAGCUACUACAACACCAAGUCGGUGCUGCUGUGCCUGGGGAUCACGGCCCUGGUCUGUCUGUCUGUCACCAUCUUCAGCUUCCAGAGCAAGUUCGACUUCACCUCGUACCAGGGCGUUCUCUUCGUGCUGCUCAUGGUGCUGUUCCUGGGGGGGCUGGUCCUGGCUGUCAUCCUGCCCUACCAAUACGUCCCGUGGCUCCACGCGAUCUACGCUCUGCUCGGGGCUGGGAUCUUCACCAUGUUCCUGGCCCUGGACACGCAGAUGCUGAUGGGGAACCGCCGCUACUCGCUGAGCCCCGAGGAAUACAUCUUUGGAGCCCUCAACAUCUACCUGGACAUCAUCUACAUCUUCUCCUUCUUCCUGCAGUUCUUUGGCUCCAGCCAGGAGUGAGGGCAGCGGGGCAGGAUGCUCCCCGUGCUGGCAAAUGUGAGGGGUUAAAUGGAAAAGCAGAGGUGAAAGGGUUCAAACCCGCCAGCCUGACCCAAUCCCUCCCUUUCUGGUCCAUCUGAGGGGCCCCAGGCCCCUCCUGCAGCUUUGUACAUUUGCUGCCAGGCCUUUGUGACCCAGAGAGCAAAGCAGGGCUUCAGUGUCGUGUCCCUUCUGCUCCCCCCAGUCCCGCCCAGCCCAGUGCAGAGGCUGGGGCAGAGACUGGGACCUUCCCAGCCCCAGGGGCUGCUGGAGGUGCCCUCUGAGUGCUGCCCAUCACGGGGUGAGAGCUGUGACCAAGCAGCAGAGAGGGCAGCAGAGCAGGGAGUUUGGUGAGAUCCUGGCAGGAAAAGCCUUGGGGAAUCCUGGCAUUGCCCUGUUCCCCACAAUCCAUUGGAGCUCGGUGGCCUCUGUGCUAUUCCUGGUGACUCCUGCUGUUGGAAAGGUGGAGUGUGGGAUCACGUAGCUGGAUUUCAGUGCUCCAGGCACAGGGAACCUGUUUGUUCAGGACGUGCAGCUCUCUGAGGUCAUCCCUGGUGCCACUGCAGGGAAAAUUCCCCUGGAUCCCUUGCAUCUGGCUGAGUGCCCUUCCCUUCCCUUCCCUUCCCUUCCCUUCCCUUCCCUUCCCUUCCCUUCCCUUCCCUUCCCUUCCCUUCCCUUCCCUUCCCUUCCCUUCCCUUCCCUUCCCUUCCCUUCCCUUCCCUUCCCUUCCCUUCCCUUCCCUGAUCCAUGGCUCCCCCCCAGGGGACUGUGCUGGUUCUUUUUGGACUGUGGCUCCUCACGGGGGGAUUUGGGAUCCCAGGGAAGGAACAUUUCAGGAAAUGGCAGAGAAGGGCUGGAGGAGGCUGAGUUUCCAUGCUGGGAAAUGCCAUUCCAUGUGGGAUCCUGUGACCCACCCUGAGGCUGUGACACCCUCACAGAACCGUCCUGGUUGAUCCAAAUUUGGGUUCCUAAGGGGUUCUUUGCAGGGGCUGAGGCCAUUGGAGCAGCAAGGUCGCCCUCCCUGGCUGUUUUCCAUUUCUCCUCUCCCAAAGGGGAAUGUCAGCGCGGGCUCUGGAUGUGCUCAGGUAAAUUUCCACCGUCCCCGCUCACAUUCCCUGUCCGGGGCUCAGCUGGCUGAUCUGGGGCUGUAAAGCUCCCCAGGGAGAUAAGGGCCCUUUUGCUCUCAUUCCAAGAGUGAUCCGUGCUGCAGAUAGGAGCUGGUAUCUCCCAUCUCGCUGGGAAUGCCGCGAGUGCUGCGUCAGGAGCUGCCUCCAGCAAUUCCUGCUGCACAGGGGCUCUGCCAGAGCGCUGGAACGUUCCUGCUCCUUCUGCCCUGGGUUUUACCCCACACAUGUGCUGUCCUCCUGCCCCACGUGCCCAGGGAAAGUUACUGGGCAGGGAAGGGAAACGCUCUGGCCCCUCUGCGGCUGCAGUGAUGAGCAGAAGUGAUGCCUUCCCCUUGUCUUCCUUCUUUUCUAAAACAACCCCCAAAAAAACCCAACCAGAACAAAAAUCCCCAGUCAGACACAAAAAACCCCAAACAGACAAAAAAACCCCCAGUCAGACUAAAAGACUCCGACCAGACCAAAAAAUCUCAACCAGAUCAAAGAAACCCCAACCAGACCAAAAAACCCAGUCAGACACAAAAAACCCCAACCAGACCAAAAAAUCUCAACCAGAUCAAAAAACCCCCCAACUAGACCAAAAAAUCUCAUCCAGCUAAAAAAACCCCAACAGACAAAAAGCCCUACAACCAAACCAGAAAAUCUCUGACCAGGCAAAAAAAUCCCCAACCAGACCAAAAAAUUCUCACCCAGAUCAAAAAACACCCCAAUCAGACCAAAAAUCUCCAGUCAGACACAAAAAACCCCAACCAGACCAAAAAAUCUCAACCAGAUCAAAAAAACCCCCAACUAGACCAAAAAAUCUCAUCCAGCUAAAAAAAAACCCAACCAGAACAAAAAUCCCCAGUCAGACACAAAAAGCCCCAAACAGACAAAAAAACCCCCAGUCAGACUAAAAGACUCCAACCAGACCAAAAAAUCUCAACCAGAUCAAAGAAACCCCAGCCAGACCAAAAAAUUCUCAUCCAGAUCAAAAAAACACCCCAAUCAGACCAAAAAUCCCCAGUCAGACACAAAAAAAACCCAACCAGACCAAAAAAUCUCAACCAGAUCAAAGAAACCCCAACCAGACCAAAAAACCCCAGUCAGACAUAAAAACCCCCAGCCAGACAAAAGCCCCACAACCAGACCAGAAAAUCUCUGAGUGGACAUAAAACCCCAACCAGACAAAAAAACCAAAAAACCAAAAAAAACCAAAAAAAAACCCCAAACCAGACAAAAAAACCCAACCAGACCAAAACCCCACAACCAAAACUGAAUUCUUUUUGGGAUGAAGGACAGCACGAGGUGAUGGCAGCAGGGAGUUCAUGCCCUGCUGGUUCCUGCUGAGGAGACCCAAACCCUUGGAUUGCUGAGCAGGCAGGGCUGGGAAUGGCACGGGAGGAACCCUAAAAAUUGAUGGAAUUGGAGUUCCAGGAGGGAGUUUCCCAGCCCUCAGCAGCCUUUCCUUGCUCACAGUGAUUUCCUGUAGGGAUUGGUGCUUUCCAGGCUUGGAGGGAGGAGUGUGGAGCUCCAUGAUGAGCUCUGGCUCUGAAAUAGUCCCAAAACUCCUCCAAAAUGCCCUGCUGGAAGCUGGGGAGGAACACAGGGACCUGCAGCCCCCUCUGGAAUUGUUCUUGUUCCUUCUGCUGUGGAGAAACUUUGCUGCUGCUGCUGCAUCCUGGCUUUGCUGCUGAAAUAUCCUGGCUUUGCUGCUGAUAUAUAUCCUGGCUUUGCUGCUGAUAUAUCCUGGCUUUCUGCAGGUAUAUCCUGGAUUUCCUGCUGAAAUAUGCUGGCUUUCCUGCUAAUAUAUCCUGGCUUUGCUGCUGGUAUAUCCUGGCUUUUCUGCUCCUAUUGGGAACACCUGGCAUGACCCCGCUCCAGGCACCUGGCUGGGGGGGAUUUCCACCCUCCUGCAUCCCUUGCACAAUUCCUGGUCCCUUUUCCACGCCAGUCCUGGUGGAUGCUGAGCACUGUCCUGCUCGUGGAGCUGGAGCUCCUCAGGAGGGUCAGGGAUGCAGGAUUUGGGGUGGGAUGUGGAGGCUGCUCCCCCUCCUCCUGUGUCCUCCACCCCAAGUCCUCAUCCAGCUCCAAAUCCCAGUCCUUCGGAGAGGUUGUUGCUGUGAUUUCACUGUAAAUAGGAUUUUGUAUCUUCUCUGACUAUUGCUAAUAAAUGGUUGCAAAACUCUU